AUGGAGAAAUCACUGCUGACUCUCAAUGGGACCCUCCUUCCUGACCCCAAACCUCAGGAUGCCCGCUUUGGCUACGCCAUCCUGGCUGUUCCGGAUCUUAAUCACGACAGCUUUAACGACGUAGUUGUGGGUGCCCCCUUGGAGGACAACCACCAGGGGGCAGUCUACUUGUACCACGGCUACCGUACAACUGUAUUGCCACGUUUCAAACAGCGCAUCGAAUCCACAGCGCUUCGUUUGGGCCUCCGCUAUUUCGGCCGCAGUUUGGACGGGCAGAUCGACAUGGAUGGGGACGGCCUGGUGGAUCUGGCUGUGGGGGCUCAGGAUGCUGCAGUGGUCUUAAGGUGAGGGGCUGGGUGGAGGACCAGGGAAGAGGA